AUGGAUAAAAAAAUGUUACGCAAGUGCUUGGUUAUUUUUUCGAUGAUGGCGAUGAUCAGAACAUCAACAGCGGCAUAUGCUGGGUCCUCGUGGCGCCAGGCCUCAGCCACUUUCUACGGCGACGAGACCGCCAGCGCAACUAUGGGUGGGGCUUGUGGCUAUGGUAACCUAUGGAACAGCGGCUACGGCGCAGCCACGGUGGCAUUGAGCACAACGCUGUUCAACGAUGGUUACUCGUGCGGUCAAUGUUUCCAGAUAAAAUGUGUGUCAUCGCCUAACUGCUACUACGGUGGACCAGCCACCGUGGUGACUGCUACCAACAUUUGUCCACCAAAUUGGGGACAAGACUCCAACAAUGGUGGAUGGUGUAAUCCGCCACGUGUUCAUUUUGAUUUGGCUAAACCUGCUUUCAUGAAGAUUGCUAAUUGGAAGGCUGGUAUCAUCCCGGUCUCAUACCGCAGAGUGGCAUGUAAAAGGACCGGAGGAAUAAGAUUCAAGUUCGAAGGCAAUGGUUAUUGGCUACUUGUGUACGUGAUGAACGUAGGUGGUGCAGGUGACAUCAAGACCAUGGCUGUUAAAGGUAGCCGCACGAACUGGAUCAACAUGAGUCAUAAUUGGGGAGCUUCGUACCAAGCUUUCUCUUCUCUCUACGGUCAAUCUCUCUCGUUCCGACUCACCUCUUACUCGACUCGUGCGACCAUUUAUGCUUGGAAUGCUGCUCCGGCUAGCUGGAGUGCCGGUAAGACUUACCAGAGCAAGGCCAAUUUCAGCUGA